CUGUUGUGCUCGCGUUACUCAACCAUCGUUACUAUAAAACUGCACACAGGAGAGACUGUGGACUUCUUGUAACGUUGUUCAGCCGGUGUUUGUGUAGAUUAAUAGUUAAAAUGGCAAACGUGGACCUCGCUCGGGUUGGGAAGAACUUGUUGAAGUCCGCUGACACAGGAGAGAGCGUCGAGCUCCAGUCUCUAUGGAAGGACCAGCCGGUGGUCUUGUUCUUCCUGCGCAGGUUCGGCUGUCAGGUGUGUCGGUGGAUGGCAACAGAGGUCAGCAAACUAGAGGAGGACCUGAGAGCCAACGGUGUAGCGCUGGUGGGGGUCGCGCCAGAGGAGACUGGCCUGAAGGAGUUCAAGGAAGGAGGUUAUUUCAAAGGAUCCAUCUACAUCGAUGAACAGAAGAAAAGCUACAAGGAUUUAGGCUUCAAAAGGUACACAGCCAUAACUGUGGUACCUGCCGCUCUGGGGAAGAAAGUGCGAGAUGCAGCUUCAAAGGCCACUGUCGCAGGCAUCUCGGGAAACUUCUCAGGCGAUCUGCUGCAGAGUGGAGGCAUGCUCAUUGUGGCCAAAGGUGGAGAAAAGGUCCUAGUGCACUUUAUCCAGGAUUCUCCAGGAGACCACCUACCCCUGGAGGAUAUUUCCAAGGCCUUGGGUAUCUCAACCACAGCGGAAGCAGGACAGCAGCCAGCGUGCAAUGAUGAUGUCUGUACACGGUGACGCAGCUGCCCAUCGUACCAGAGGAACAUCUACACAUGAAGUGAAGUGGAGAUUUAAGAAGCAGAAUUUUAUCAGAGUGCUAAAGUGAACAUGAAACUACUGCCAAUAUUUCUAAUUGCUUGUAAUUUAUUUGUGACACUUAUAUAAUAUAUAUUAUUGCAUCAUCUACAGUGAAACUAACAGUGGCAUUCCUUUUAUAAUCAUUACCUCGUAACUGUAAUUAAUGUCAUGAAUUUUUUUGUAUCACGCUUUAAAAUUUAUGAUGCAACAUUUUACACUCCAUUUAUAAAAUAAAGAAAUUUAUAUGUAUCUUAUUAUAAUAAAAGUUUUAAAUCGA